AGUGGCGUACUUCACCUGUCGUUUCUGUUUAGUUAUCAUUGAAAGACUGACGACUGACCAUCAAUAUUAAACUCUCAAAAUCAAUCAGGACGAUUUAUUUUUGAUAAAUUUAUUUAAUAUAUAUUUAAUCAGAGAUUAAAAUUAUUAAAGAUGGCCAGUUACAAGCCGACUGAUUCAAAGAGAGACGAAUUCAGGAGGUACUUAGAACGCUCCGGUGUCCUUGAUGGUCUUACUAAAGUACUAAUUGCUCUUUAUGAAGAACCUGAGAAACCAACUAAUGCAAUUGAGUACAUCAGAAAAAAUCUUGGAGGAUUGACUGAGAUAACCGAAGAAGCUGGAGCCACCAGUAAUGUUCAAGACUCUGAAUCUUUGGAGAAAAGAUUACAAGAAGCAGAAGCUGAAAACCGUGAGUUGAGAGACAAAUUAGCCAAGCUGGACUUGGCUGAGGAAUAGACUGUUGACCUACUCAAGAUUCAUACUCAUCACUAUUAUCAAUAUUAUAAAUAUCAACAUCUCAAUUUCUCAUAGAAAUAUUCUAUUUACGCAGAAGAUUCAUAAAUGUGCCUUAAAGGUGAUAACUCAAAAUUUAAUAUUUACGAAAUAUGAGUUUUCGACUAUAUUAUUAUUAAUGUUAAAUUAGCUUAUUUAAAUUAUCAGUAUUUUACUGUGAUUAUUUGUCCAAUAGUGAUUAAUUAAUCCAACUAUUGAGCUGUGACUAAGUGUUCAAUUAAUUUAAUUAAUUGACAUACAAAUAAUAUAUGGUAAAUUAAAAAAAGAACUGACUUAUAUAAUUGUAAGGCAAAUUAUAAAUAAAAAUGUUAUUAACAUGUAAUUAAAAAUUCAAAUAAAUUUAUUAUU